UCGCCUGUAUAAUAUAUAGAGAGAGUCAGAGAGAUGAGCUCGCAUCAGUCUCGGCUCUCGACGCAAAGGCGAUCUCGAGCGAGCGUGAAGUACUUACCGUAAACAGGAGGAAGCAUGUCACCAAGUUUCCACCUCCUUCCCGAAGAAUGUGUCUCCAACAUCAUGUCUCUGACGUCUGCGCUUGAAGCUUGUAGGUCGUCCGCGGCGUCGCCGGUUUUCCGGUCAGCGGCGGAUUCCGAUUACGUGUGGGAGAGGUUCCUGCCGUCGGACUAUAAGGAAAUCAUCUCCCGAGCCGUGGMUCCCUUGGGUUUGGAUUUUGCCUCCAAGAAGGAGCUUUAUUUCCGCCUCUGCAACGAUCCCAUUUUGGUCGACGAUGGUUAUAUGAGCUUUGCACUGGAUAAAUGGACCGGCAAGAAAUGUUAUAUGAUAGGGGCGAGAAAGCUUUCUAUUGCAUGGGGAGAUGAUCCCCACUACUGGAGGUGGAUAUCUCUCUCUGAAUCAAGGUUCCCUAAGGUGGCAGAGCUCGUGCAUGCAUGUUGGCUCAAAAUCCGUGGAAAGAUCCAGACACGGAUGCUGUCCCCAGAAACAACUUAUGUAGCUAAAUUUGUGUACAAGUUUGCGGAGGAGGUUUUCGGUUUUGACUACCAACCAAUAGACGUCUCAGUGGAAUUAGUGGGAGGAGGAGGAGGAGGAGGAGAGGGUGGUGGCGCCGGUAAGGUGCAGACUGCGUACUUGAAUCCAAGUGACCAGCAGAAUGCGCAGUUGGGGAUGCUGAACAAUGAGGGGUUAUUCCGGCGGACGCUGAGGUUAAGCACCUCAAUUAGUUCGCCGACGCCUGUAAGGUUGCCGCAGGAGAUGUUGGAGGGUCAGCACCCUCAAGAGCGAGGCGACGGGUGGCUGGAGGUGGAGAUGGGAGAGUUUUACACCGGCCGGGGAGAGGAUGGGGAGGUGAAGCUGAGUGUCAUGGAGGUGAAAUCCGGCCAUUGGAAGUAUGGCCUCAUCAUUCAAGGCAUAGAGCUCAAGCCUAAGGAGAAGGAGACCAAAGCGAUCAACUUCAAAAGGGAGCAAAGAAUGAAAGAACAAUGUCUGAGCUUAUGGAAUUCCUGUAAAUAAUUUUUUAAUUUCUCGGUGUUUCAGUCGAUCUUUGUACUUAGAGUCCUUUGAAGACCCCAAAGUCAAUCCGCUAAAACUGUGU